AGUCGUGACAGUAAAGUACUUCACUCGCAGAUCGAUCUUUUUCUCCUUUUCAUGGCCUACAAAGGUAGCCGUUUGUGUACGCUACAAGAUGUACAAGACAUAUGGAGGCCCUGUACCUCUCAAGUGGAUUGUCAACACAAGGUGUACCUCAAAACUGUCACAGUAGCCUUUGACAGGAACAAAAUCUUUGAAGUGCCACACAGUCCUAGCAAAUGUAGGCCCAUCGAGCACACUCUGGCAAAAGAGACAGAAGCAUCAAAGAUGGAUUAUUAUGCUUCAAUGACAGCACCAAGUGAUUAUCGCCAAACCGCAAACAACUAUCGCGAUUAUGUCACUCCAACCAGCGCAUGCGCACUGGAUGACACUCGGUCUGUCCUUUCCAACUCAGAGGCUUCUCUGGAUAGAGUUCCUAGAACGAACAUCUUAUCUCGCAUGGCAAAAACAAAAGCGUCUUGGGUAGAAAAUCAGAAGAUUCAUGAAUCUUUACCGCAUAGGAAGAGUCCAAUACUCUGCAAAGGUAGUCCGGUUGGAGGUCUUCCACAAACGCCGUACACGGAAAAAACGCUGUCUACAGAUAGGGCAACAAAGGGAGUUCGAGACGGGAAGAAGUUCGAUCUAUUACCAAUAUCAAAAUAUCUGGCCCACUAUCGAGACGAGAGGAAUUUCAGAAUGGAAAAGUUACCUUUAGUUCGCAUCAGUUCCUAUCACACUCUGUGUGGUUGCUUGGACGGCUUAGGGUCGUGGGAUUGUCCACAGCAAGAAUAUGAAAAAGAAAAACGACAAACUGCGACAUUCUUUACGACAAAGGACGUAUUUAAACCUUUCCAUUCAAGAUUGUUACCCACCAGGGGAGAGGUUUUAUAUGUGGAGCCUGCGCAGACGAAGUUAAAUUCUUAUUUCACAGAUCACGUCAAGUUACCAAGUCUCCAAGGAAACAGCAGGAACGAUACUUUUGUUACUGAAUUUACUGAGAGGUCCAAAGCUAGCUACAGUAGAUUCAAACUCAAAGGAAAUACUACUUUUCCCGUUAUUGUCCACUAGUUUGCACUGAAACUGGAGUUUCGGUACGUCAGCUGAGCAAAAACGCUCGAUUAAUUCAUUUAUGUGUUAUUCCCUAAAGUCAAAAAGCAAAUUUGGAGUAUAUGAUACUGAAAAUCUACAAGGUUGUAAAUCUUUCUGGUUGCAGAGCUAUUCGAAAAGAAAACUAGACAGAACUUUCCAAGAACGCUGCUGAGGAAUAAUGAAUAAUGACAACGACAAGGGAGUCUCUGGGUUUAAAACGUAUAACGUUGAGUAUUUUCUGGAUUCUUUUGCUCCUCAUAGUUGACCUUAUCGUUCUUUACACCUUAUCCUUCCCAAACUUAUUCUGCAAGGUUUCUUUUCACUACUAUUUGCAUUUCGCAUCCUUCAAGUACCUUUCAUGUGAUUUGAAUGUGAAGGGCCUGUAAUGUCUUACCAUAUUUGGUUAUUGAAGUCUCAUUAUAGAAACGUAUUGGGGGGUUGUUCCGGAGCGAUUAAUGGGAGUGUGCAAUAAAGAACGGUACAGAGCCUUUUAUAACAAAUCGACAGUGGUGUACUCUUAUCGACAAAGAUAUUCGUCAUCACAGUGGUCAAUACUUUGCGAAAUUACAAGGUGCACACUCGGUGUAUAGGUCCGUGCGUUUGAAGGUGCCUGCGAAGGUGCCUGCGUACGUGCGUACAUGCGUGCGUGCCUGCGUACGUGCGUAGGUACAUGCGUACAUGUGUGCGUAGGUGCGUACGUGUGUGGCUUCACCAUUUUCGAUUGUUAUUUAACACAAUAUCGACAUCAAAUAAAACGAUUCUUUCCAGUGCCUGAGAAGUUGCGUGACACCUUUGUCUGUACUCAUGUCGACAACGACAAAUUGGCCAA